AUGAAUCCGGAACAACCAACAGGUGCAGGAAGACACAAGGAUGAUAAAGAGGGGCUCUUCAGGCCACAUCCCUCUUCUUCUUGGCCCCAUGUUUGGAAAUUGGAUUGGACUAAUCCGAGUUUCAUAACCCAAGUGUCUAGCCAUGACGGCUCCGGACGCAAAACAUUGGUUGCUACCGAUUCAAACUCAGGAAUAAGCCAGCUGGCCCCAGAUCUCCUUCAUAGUCAAGACGACGGAAGUGUUUCAGUCUCGAGUGAGCGAGUGAGUGACAUGGAGGAAUGGACUGCGAGAGAGCCAAAAGGGAAGAAAGCUCGCCAUAAUCUCAUUCGCCUAGACACAUCAAGCCUUAAAAGCUUUUAUUACUCAUCAAAGAAUCAGAUCUUGAUAGCGGUAAUUAAAGAUGCCCAGUCAAGUUUUGAGAAGAGAGUUAAUUCAGAGGACUACCAUGUCAAUACUUUUCGUAAUGAGGACAUUCACCCAAAAUUGCGAUUCGCUAUGGUCAAUGGCUCCAAGGGUAGAAUCUUCAGAGUCCUCGGCAAAUCACGGGAUGUCGUACAGUCGGCUUACACGUUGAUGGCACAUUACAAGAGAUUGAUCGCGUACAUAUACGAGUUGCAUCAAACACUCUUGAGUCGUUUGAACCUGUCCCCACCUGCCCAGAGAUUGCAACAUGCCAGGUUAUUCAAAUGGCUGGAAACAGAGAUCUUUAAACCCGCUGAUCACAGGCUUCCAGUCAUUGGGAUCGUUCCAAAAAAAUUGUCGAGCUGGGCAGAUAUUCCUGAGGAGAGACUUGGAGAGACUUGGAUAAAACUGAUAACUUAUUUUUGUGAAAAAAAUUCCGAACAAGGACAACAAGAGCUGACGACGAAAACCGCUGGAUACAUAGUGGAAACUUACCAAGACCAGCACGAAGACGAAUAUAUAGCCGCAAGUCGUCCUUCAACGGUCAACAAGAGUAGUUUGGACAGACUUCUUCAGGAUGAACGAUUCCAGAAGGCACGUUCAGUUCUGACAAGCCUCAUGGUGGACAACUCCGAAAUAGAGUUUGUAAUUGGGCAACCAUUGCGUCAAUCGGCUCGGAGCGACCAGCUCAUAAGUUCAUACUGUUCACAACUUCAAGGCAUUUGGGGCAAAGAAAGCUUGAACAGAAAUGGAUCAAGAAGCGUGCAUCCCACAGUAAGAUUGGCCGCAUACUUUUUGGAAAAUAUGCCAGACUAUGCACAUCUUCGGAUAGUGACUGCUCAGUCGGUACUACUCCCAAUGGAAAUGAAUGUCAGCAUGUUCAAAUCAUUCCUCAAAUUGGUCCAUCACCUUCACUUCAAGUUUCUCAAAUCAAUUGGAAAUCUGGAACCAGAAAAAAACAUCAUGCUCAAAGACAUUUAUGAAUGGAUCAUUGGUAUGGUCCUGAAGCCACUCAAGCCAAGCAGCAGUCUCCCUAUCAUUGGGCCAAUUGUAGUCAACGGUAAAAUUGCACCUUGGGAAGAAUUCUCAAAUGAAGGCUUGGAAUUGUUUGAACCAGUUCAGAUAAAAUUGAUUGAAUACUUUAGUCUUGCCAACAUGCCUGAUGAAGAUAUCAAAAACACAGCAGCAUUUGUUUUAGCAAAAUUCUAUCAAGAGCAUGGUCAACUAUGA